UGCAGCCCUACUACACUUGUGCAGCCCUGCCGGGCAAACGAUUACAAUUGUAUAUGCCGUAUUUAAGACAUAAUUUUUGUACUUAAGAAAAUCGCAAAUAAAACGGCAAAGUUAUUCGUGCAUCACAGAUUUAAAUCAAGUGCCCAAUUUACUCUGUCACAGAGUUCUAGUUUAGGGUAAGCUAAACGCUUUUAUUCAUAUAUCUUGUGCCACCGGCUUUUUAGAGGGCGCAACUGAAACAAAAAGCGCGUCGUUGGCCAUGUCCAAAAACUCUGGGCGUGAUCGAGAUCGGGAGCGCGAGCGCGACAGGGACAGAGACAGGGAUAGGGACAGAGAGCGGGAGCGGGAACGUGACAAACACUAUGAAAGUCGGAGCGGUCGUGGGGACUACGACAAUGGAAAAUCGUCACGCAACGGGGCCAGCCUGAGCAGCAGCUCGCGAGGCGGACGGGAGGAGCGCAAACGGGCCAAGGAGCCGACUAAGGAGAGUGAACGUGGUCUUGGAACGCGGCGAGAAGAGAAGCGACGUAAGCGUUCCAGGUCCAAGGAGUAUGAAAAAGACAAGUGAGUACAUAAAGCUCUAAAUAGAGUAGCUGUUCAUAAUUUCUUGCCUUGUAGACGCCAGUUGGAUCGUGAGCGUGAUAAGGAUAAGGAGCGGGAGCGAGAGCGCGAGCGGGAGCGAGAAAGGGACAGAGAACGCGAGCGCCAACGGGAACGGGAAAAAGAGCGUGAACGGGAGCGAGAGCGCGAGCGAGAGCGGGAGCGGGAGCGUGAACGGGAGCGCCAACGUGAAUUGGAAACACGACGCGCUGCCCUGCCAGCUGCACCGUUGGUUAUACCUGUUGGCUCGUCCAGCAGCUCAACGGACAACGAGGAGGAGGAGGAAAUUGACAAGGAGGAGCAACAGCGUCGCCUCGAACAAGAGAUGAUCAAACGACGCGAACGCAUCGAGCGUUGGCGUGCUGAACGCAAACAGCGCGAGCAGGAGGCGGGAAAACGAGAUGUCAAAGUGGCAGCAGCAACCACAGUAACCAAAUCGGCCAAGAAAUGGAGCCUCGAGGAUGAAUCUGAGGAGGAUGACAGCAAUCCCGCGCCAAUCAUUGACGUUGACGUAGGCAAAAAGGAACCUGACUCACCGCCAUCCAAAUUCCACAGCAUUCGCAAAAAUUUCGAUGACGAUCUGGUCGAGUCCAAAUUUGCCCCACUAAAGCGUCCCACGUUCAGCAAGGUCCUAGGCAUGGUGCUCACAACUACAACUACAGCAACAGAAACAUCAACAGAAAAUGCCGCAGACACUGCGGAACCAGUUGUAGCUGAGCCUGAAGUGGAGCUAGUCAAUCUGGAAGUACAGCCGGCUGAGCUGAAUGUAGCUGCUGAUUCACCCAAAGCAGAGACGCCCAUGGAAAUUGAGACGGCUGCGCCAGCUGUGGAGCCCGAGGACGAUGUAGAUCCAUUGGAUGCAUAUAUGCAAGAGGUGAAUCGAGAAAUGCGCCGAGUCAAUCACUUUGUAAGUCCCGCCAAGGCGCAGGGCGUGGUCAUCCUAACGGGCGUGGCUAAGAAGAAGACUUCGACGGUGAAGAAGGGCGAACUAAUUGAACAAAAUAUGGACAGCCUGGAGUACUCCAGCGAGGAUGAACUGGAGGAUAUACGCGAUACGGCUGUCAAUCUGGCCAUGAAGCAUCGCAAAGAGCUGGCCAAGAUCGAUCAUUCCUCUGUCAGCUAUGCGCCAUUCCGUAAGAAUUUCUACGUCGAGGUGCCCGAGCUAGCCCGCAUGACCAAUUCCGAGGUGGACAAGUAUCGCAGUGAGCUCGAGGGUGUCCAGGUUAAGGGCAAGGGCUGUCCCAAGCCGAUCAAGACGUGGGCACAGUGCGGCGUCAGCAAAAAGGAGAUGGACGUUCUGCGCAAGCUGGGCUUCGACAAACCCACGCCCAUACAGUGCCAGGCGAUACCGGCGAUAAUGUCUGGGCGUGAUCUGAUAGGUAUUGCUAAGACUGGCAGUGGCAAGACGUUGGCAUUCAUUUUACCAAUGUUUAGGCAUAUUCUUGACCAGCCGACGCUCGAGGAUGGCGACGGUGCCAUUGCGAUCAUAAUGGCGCCGACCCGCGAGCUCUGCAUGCAGAUUGGCAAGGAUAUACGCAAAUUUAGCCGUUCGCUUGGCUUGCGGCCCGUUUGCGUUUAUGGCGGCACCGGCAUUUCCGAGCAGAUUGCCGAAUUGAAGCGUGGCGCCGAGAUCAUUGUCUGUACGCCCGGACGCAUGAUUGAUAUGCUGGCUGCGAAUUCGGGGCGUGUUACCAAUCUGCGACGGGUCACCUAUGUGGUCUUGGAUGAGGCGGAUCGUAUGUUCGACAUGGGCUUCGAGCCGCAGGUGAUGCGCAUCAUCGAUAAUGUGCGUCCCGAUCGACAGACGGUCAUGUUUAGUGCCACAUUUCCACGUCAAAUGGAGGCACUCGCCCGUCGCAUACUUAAGAAGCCUGUCGAAGUAAUCGUUGGUGGGCGCUCUGUGGUCUGCAAGGAUGUCGAACAGAAUGUCGUCAUACUAAGCGAUGAGGCAAAGUUCUUCAAGCUGCUGGAAUUGCUGGGCGUCUACCAGGAGACGGGCAGCAUCAUAGUCUUUGUCGACAAGCAGGAGAACGCUGACAUUCUGCUGCGCGAUCUAAUGAAGGCGUCCUAUCCAUGCAUGAGCCUGCACGGUGGCAUCGAUCAGUUCGAUCGUGACUCCACCAUAAUUGACUUUAAGUCUGGCAAGGUACGUCUGCUGAUUGCCACAUCGGUGGCAGCGCGUGGCCUCGAUGUCAAGGAUCUCAUACUGGUUGUUAACUACGAUGUGCCCAAUCACUACGAGGACUAUGUGCACAGAUGUGGACGCACUGGUCGAGCUGGCAACAAGGGAAGCGCGUUUACAUUCAUUACGCCGGAGCAGUCGCGUUAUGCGGGCGAUGUGAUACGCGCUUUGGAUCUAUCCGGCACUCCCGUACCGCCCGAUCUGCAAACGCUGUGGAACGACUAUAAGGCAGCACAGGAGGCGGAGGGCAAGACGGUGCAUACGGGCGGCGGCUUCAGCGGCAAAGGUUUCAAAUUCGAUGAGCAGGAGUUCAAUGCGGUCAAAGAGAGCAAGAAGUUGCAGAAAGCGGCCCUUGGCUUGGCUGAUUCCGAUGAUGAGGAGGAUAUCGAACAGGACAUCGAUCAGCAAAUCGAGCAAAUCUUUGCAGCCAAACGCACCGUCAAAGAUACCUCGCUGGCCGGCACGGCGCUGGCUGCGGCCAAUGCCGUUGUGAAUGCCCUCAGUGCGGCCAUCUCGUCGCCCCUUGCCGCCGCACAGCAACAGCAGCAACAGCAACAGCAGCAGCAACAACAGCUGCAACAACAAAUGACCACAUCCGUGGCCAUGGGCUCGGACAAACUGGAGCUGGCGAAGCGUUUGGCCUCCAAGAUAAGCAGCAGUCGAAAUUUGGAUACGAAGGCGACACAGGUGGCCGCCGAGUCGAUAAUGAAGGGUCAGGCGGGCGUUGGCACCGGACAGCCAAUGUUAACAGCGCGCACCGUGGUCGAACAGCUGGCAGCCAAGCUAAACAACAAGCUCAACUAUCAGCCCAAGGAGGAUGAGGAGGGCCUGGCCGCGCUGAUGGGCAGCAACUCUAACUCGUUUACCAAAUACGAGGAGGAGCUGGAGAUCAAUGAUUUUCCACAGCAGGCACGCUGGAAGGUUACCUCCAAAGAGGCACUGGCCCAAAUCUCCGAAUACUCGGAGGCGGGCCUCACGGUCCGUGGCACCUAUGUGCCUCAAGGAAAGAAUCCGCCCGAAGGCGAGCGGAAACUUUAUUUGGCCAUCGAGAGCUGCAGCGAACUGGCCGUGCAGAAGGCCAAGCGAGAGAUCACGCGCCUCAUCAAGGAGGAGCUGCUCAAGCUCAGCUCAGCCCAUCAUGUCUUCAACAAGGGGCGCUACAAAGUGGUCUAGACUUAUACCUAAAUAUAUAUAUAUAUAUAAGUGUAUAUAUAUAUAACGUAAAAUCCAUCAUUUAUCUAGGCCAAUGUCUAAAAGAAACAUUCAAUGAAAAGCUGUUUAUAAAUGCCUAAUUUACCGCAAGAAAAAACACGAAAAAACAAAACUAAAUAUCGUCUAUCUAUUAUUAUUCCCCCUCAAAUUCGCCGCCAAAAUUACAAAAGGAAAGUGUUACGAGUUCUGUGAGACCGUGCCCUACAGUUAUUCAUCAUAUUAGUCACAUAGAAGCCCUGCCUAGCCUAGAUGCAGUUUGUCUAAAUCGAAAUCCUUCGAUUACCAUUUCAAAAAACCCUUGAACUAUACAAAAUACGAAAUCAUUCACAUACACACGUUUUUUUCUUCAAUAUAUAAGGCAAAUAUCUGAAUAUUUAGAGAGCUUAAUAUAACCUAUAUUUGUAUUUGACGCGAUUCGAUGAAAUAAAUAUAAAUAAA